AUGAUCAGCUCUGCACCCGCCAUCCCAAAGAUCCAUCCCGUCUUUGCAACCCAACCCCAGACCCUUUCAACAGUAUCGGACGAGGGCGAGCUCGACGUCGAAUACAAAGAAGGUGCCUUCUCAAUCGAUGCUGCCCUCUCACAAAAACAACAAAACCACCCACACACGUCCCCUGGCAACAGGAGCACGUCUUCUUCUUCUUCCCCUCACUCGAGUGGACCCCAGUCACCACAGCUUCAGCAACCUCCUCCUCACGGCUGGACAGUCCGAGCAUUGUAUGACUUUGAAGGCCAACCCGAGUUCUCUGAGCUGAGUUUCUCUGCUGGGGAUGUGCUCACGGUUGUCAAAGUUGGACUAGCUGAGGGCUGGUCUCUUGCAGAGAAGGAUGGUGUCCGCGGUCUUGUGCCUGAGGCCUAUGUCACAUAUGUUCACGACUUUUCUAUCUCGCCCGACAACCAAAGCGGACACAUGCAGCAGGCAUCAGCUACCUCUGCCUACUCGGGAUACUCGACCGCAACCGCAACAGCCAGCACCAACCCCCGCAACUCUGUCUUUGGCAAACGACAGCUUAAUCGCUUCUCUUGGUUCGUCACCACAGGAGUCGAGGAGUUCCUUCUGACAGGAGGUGCUAACAACAACGGCAACUCUCAGGGAGUCAACAAGCAAGGAGCAUCGGGAUACGCCAUGGACAGUCAGCAGCACAGCCGUCGAACCAGCUCUGCCCAGGAUCUGUAUGAACGCUCGCCUCCAAGUUCUGGAGGAUCAAUUAGGGACAGACCUGCAUUGGGCCCCCAUGGUAGUAUCCGCACUCAGCCAGGGGACAAGAUCUUGGAGGAAGAGGACGAUGAGGAUGAAGUCACAGAGUCUGACAAGCAUUACAUCCAGUCUGGACCCAGUUGGCAGGAGAAGGCACCCCUGUUCAAGGUCCGUGUUCAUGACCCCGAGACCAAGCGCAAGAUGGUCGGCAUGCAAGAGUAUACUCUCUUCCAAGUCACCUCUACCUUCACAGAAGGCGUGUCUGUCACGGUAGAGCGUCGCUACAGCCAGUUCGAAUGGUUGUACGAACGCCUUGUCAACAAGUUCGGCGCCAUCAUACUCCCACCCUUGCCCGAAAAACAGUAUGCAGGUCGGUUCUCGGAAGAGUUUAUCGAAAGGCGGCGCCGUGCCCUUGAGAGGUUCCUGAACCGACUGGUCCAUCACCCUGUCCUGCGCUACUCGGAUCUGUUGACACACUUCCUUAGCUGUAACGAGGAUGGAGACUGGAGGAGAGCUGAGCGCAAGUUCGACAGCGAUCGUAUCACAGGCAUCGCGUUCUUCCAACAUGUCUACCAUCCCGAGUUCAACGUCAACGAAGACGGUGAUAUAGACCUUGUCGAGCGAUUCAACGCACACUGCAGAGGAUCAGAAAGACUGAUGCCUUUCUUGACGGAUGCGACCAUGGCCUACAAAGAGGGUAUUAGUGAUUCGGCUUUCCAGUACAAGCGCUUCGGACUCGCACUCCUUAAUUUGAUUUCAACCUCCAAAGACGGCAUCGAGAACCAGACACUAAAUGACGAUCUUGCCUGGUGUUGGCGUGAGAACUGCAAUGAGUGCCUGAGGUUGACAAAGGCAAUACAGACAACAGCCGAGACCAUGAACCUGAUGGCGGAGAUCAAGCAGACUCAUAUCUCAGACGGCUGCUUGCCCUGGCAGGAAACCAUUCGAGAGCACGCCACCCCCUCAACCAACUAUGCGCCUCUUGUGGACAUGCAUACUGGGACACAUAAGAAACUGGUUGAGGUCUUUGAAAAGGAGCAGACCAUGGAGGAAAUCGACUCGGAGACGGUCAAAUCGCGGUGCGAUACAGUGUUCAACAUUACGCUUGCAGAGAUGGAUCACGCCCAUGACGAGCGUGUCCAGGACUUCCAGAAGGGCACCAAAGACUUUUUGGAUGCCCAGAUUGCCUACCACGAGAAGAUGCUGGCACAUCUGAAGCAAGCACGCACAGUAUUCGACCCCCCAUACUACGACAACCUCGCCAAUUCCCCACGGUUCCGAUCCAAAUAUGAAAAGGACCUUGACGAUCAGCGUUACCAGUCCCAGAAGCCCUCCCGCCCUGUCUCUGCAGCCUCUGUCGCGUCAGUGUCCAAUAUGGUCGGGGGUGUAGUGGAUGGGGUUGGGUUCAUGAAUGGGUUGUUGAAGACCAAGACCCGGACAUCUGCCGGCCGUAGCAUCAUGGGCUUCUGGUCUUGA